AGAAACAGAGAGAGUUGAGAGAGAGUGUGACAGAAAGGCAGCGUUGUUCUUGUGGACUGUUGUGGACUGUUGUCGUCGACCACCGGUUUAUAAAAUAAAAAUUUACUCAUCGAUAAUAAAAUAUUAUAUUAAUAAAAUAACGGAGUAUUUUAUUAAUUUUUAUAAUAUUUUUCAAAUUAUAAUAAACAACUAUUUAGUGAUUUUGACAAUUGUGUAUUGACAUUUUUUUUAAAAAUAAUAAUAAUCAAUUUGUUAUAAAAAAAAAACGAAAUAAUCAAGUGACUCAAUUGUCGUCAAAACAAAAAUACAAAAACGGAUGCGGGAGAAUGAAGGGUUAAAGGAAAAUCAACUUGUCAAAUUUUAGAGAAAUGAGCGGCUCCCGGCUCGGUAGGGGCCGAGGUGGCCGUUUGGCCAUUUACACUGGAUGUUUGUUAAUUGUUGUACUUUUAGUUUUUUUGUAUCGUGCUGCAACAACUGAAAUGACAAGACUACGUGAAUUACACGAUCAAUGUACACAUCAACAAGAAGCCCUGGCGGCUCAACUCCAAGUUAUAUUUGAAUACAAGGUGAGACUUGAAAAAUCAUUGGCUGAAGAAAAAAGUUCAAAUACAGCAAUUAAACAAGAAUUACAACAACGUGCAACUAGAGAAAAAUCAUUAAGAGAUAAAGAUAGUAUUGAAGCUAUGCAAAAAUUUAAUUCAUUACAACAACAAUUUAAAUUAUUAAAAACUGAACAUCAAGAUUUAAAAGAUGAAUGUGCAACAACUCAAAAAUUAGCAUUUGAAGAUAAAAAUCGUCUUGAAACAAAGCUACAAGAUCUUAGAAUUCAAAUAUCAGAAAAUAAAAAAAUGAAUGAAAGUCUUGAACAUUUAAAAACAAAAUAUCUUGAAGUUGAAGUUGAAAAAACUAAAUUUGAAGAUAAAUAUAAUGAGUUAUUAAAAGACACUGGUAAUGCUGAUAGUCGAGUUGAACAUUUGAAUAAAGAAGUAUUCCAACUUAAACAAGAUCUCAAAGACGCCAAAACAUCAUGCAGAUCAACAGCAUCAAGUCCAAUAUUUGAAAAAUCCCAAACAUCACAUCAAAUUGCUCAGCCAGUUAUUGAUCAGCAAAUAGCAUCAUCAUCAUCACGACAACAGACUGGUUCAGUGACUGGUGUAUCAAGGAUUUUGACAGAAAGUGGUACAACAAAAUCAAUUGUAAAUUCAGCAUCAACAGCAUCAGAUAAAAGUGUACAAGGAAAAUCAGUUUCACGAAUAAAAUUGCCAGUGGGCGUUGUGCCAAUACCACAAAUGAUCGAUCAAACAAAUGAUAGGAAUGAGGAGUCAAAAAGAAUUGACAAUGAUAAGAAUUUAUCAUCAAAUAACAGACAUAUUGAUUUGAAAAAAUCUGAUGAUCCAAAGAUACCAGAUAAUGAGAUCCCCGGAGCAAUUGCCAAUGGUGCAAAGCAUGUUGGUGCACAAAUUCUUAAUCGAGGAUUUCAGGAAAUUGGCGAUGAACCCAAUAAUUUUGGAAGAAUACCUGGAUUUGAUGGAGGCAGAGAGGGUGAAAGUAUUGACGAUCAAUACGGCUACGACAGGGAUUUACCACCGAAGAAUGACAUUAACAAUGAGGAAAAUGAAGAAGAAGAAGACGAGGAUGAAGACGAUCAAAUUGAAUAUCGCAAUAAUGCCAAACAGGCAAAACAAGAAUAAUUAGACAAAUGGUAAUUUAAAUUGUCAUUUAAAAAUUAAUAAUCAUUAAUGAACAUUCCGAAUGAUUAGGUUAA